UCAUUUUUGUUCAUCAUCUUAUUACACUAACAGCAACUCUUUUAACCACUUUACUUACACGAUCAGUGAGUUCUGUCAGUUAAUAUUGUUUAUCUAUUCAAUAAUCAGCAUUCUCAUCGUCAUCAUUUCCAUACUUAUUUUCAAUCUUCAUCUAAUAUUAAUCUAAAUAUUUGUGUAUUCUUUGUCAACUAUCUCAUAUAUAUAUGUUUGUGUGAAUAUAUUGUCAUCGAAAGGAAAAUUUCAAAAGUUACUAACUAUUUAUGGUCCAUCAAGUUAACCGAUAUCAUAGAUUCACCUUUUCCUAUUUUUGAAUAUUAACAUUUCUCUCGGAACUUUGAGAGAAAACAAAAAGUUGUGUAAAAAAAAAUAAAGACAACAAGUGAUUAUAAGUUUAUUAUUGUUAUUAUUAUCAACAAUUUACUUUACAGUUGAAACAAUAACAAUUUAUCAUCAUUACGUAUAAUUACAUGCUCACUGGGAAUAUAAUAAGUUGAUAAUAAGCAACAAUUAGGUGACUAUUGAACCUGAAAUAUUUACAACAUUUUUCCUUGUCAAAAAUCUCAUGAAUAUUAUUGAACUUUGACUGAAUCAUAGAAUCAUUGAUUUCAUGGUGAUAAUCUCUGAUUUCAUGUGGAAAUAUUAAUUAUGGAUCCAAGUAAACUAAAUUUAACUCCAAUCCAAUCGAUUGAAGGAUUCAAUGAGUUUGAUAAUAUUUACGGUUCAAUAUUGGAUAAAAGUAAUACUUCAAAUCCUCAUGAACUUCCAGAUCUAUUGGAUGGAAAUGAAACAGAUAGUUUCAAGAUCAUUGUUAAAAAAAGGAUGGAGGAGUUUAAGGUUAACCGAGCCAUCGAUCAGGAAGCGUUAAUUGGGUUAAUGAUUAGUUAUAUCCUGUUAAUUGCUAUCGGAACAAUUGGAAAUGGGCUGGUUUGUAUUGCUGUUAUUCGUAAACCCUCAAUGAGGACACCGAGAAACCUUUUUAUCAUCAAUCUUGCCAUUUCCGAUCUAACACUUUGCCUCAUAACGAUGCCUUUCUCAUUCAUUGAAAUUGCUGCCAAAUUUUGGUCUCUCGGAUUAUUUACCUGUAAACUAUCAGCAGGAUUGGAAGCGACAUCUAUAUUUGUCUCGACAAUGUCCAUAACAGCGAUAGCUUUAGAUCGUUAUUUUGUGAUAAUCCGACCGACUCCGGAAACACCGAAAAUAACUCAAACCAUUUAUGGCCUUCUAUCGAUCUGGAUAGCAGCUCUAAUCUUAUCGAUACCACUUUUCUGGUGUCGAACCACCGUUAAGAUCAUUUUACCUCCAAUAUUGUCUUCCGCUGAUCUUUCAAAAGAAAAUUUUGAAUAUUGUUACGAGGAAUGGCCAAUCAAUAAGGGACGAGCUAUUUAUUCAGUGUUUACAAUUAUUCUUCAGUAUUUUGUCCCGACAAUUCUGGUAACUUUAAUCUACAUGAAAAUCUACAAGAAAUUAAAAAAUCGAAUGUCACAAAAAAGAACAGCAAUCAAAUUAGAUGAAAGGAUUAAAGCUGAGGAGAGAAGAACCAAAAGAACCAAUUAUCUAUUAAUCUCUGUUAGCUUAAUCUUCGGGAUUAGCUGGCUACCGCUCAAUAUUUUAAAUAUAAUCUCUGAUUUAUAUUAUCCAUUUGAAGAUGCUUCAACUUUUAGAAUUGUUUUCGCCUGUUGUCACAUGGUUGGAAUGAGUUCUGCCUGUUUCAAUCCACUUCUCUAUGGAUGGCUUAAUGAUAAUUUUCAGAAAGAGUUUAAAGAAAUUUUCUCUCUAAUAAUGAAUAAGAUUAGUUGGUUUUGCUCAAAGAAAACUUCAGUUCUAACAAAUCAAACCUUGGGUGAUAAAAAGAUUGAAACAACUGUAGUUUUCCGAGAGCAAAUCACCGAGACAACUAAUCAUCAAAAUUCACAAAGUCGUCGAAAUACAAUCGAAGGUGAUAAAAGUAAUUCUCAUUUCAAUCCAACUAAAACUGAAUCUACAAUUGUCUGUGGUUCCUUUGCCAAUGGUAAUCCAAAGAAAUCCUUAAUUGUUAAACAAGUCUAAUUUCAAAUAAUUGCCAAUAAUUGAAUACAAUAGUUGUAAAUAUAAGAUUAAUAAUAAAUAUUAUCUGUAAAUAUCAUAAUAAUAAGUUGAUUAAAGUUAAAUUGUG